CCACGCACAAAACCAAUUCCUUCAUCUCUAUAAAUACACACAUUUGCCUCCACUUCCUCUCGUUCAAACAUUUCUUCAUCCAUUAAUUCCAAUAUUUUAAAAAAUAUCCUUAUCUUCAACCAAGAAUGGGAGAGAAACAAGAAGGUGCUAAAGUUGAACAAGAGAAGAAGACAGCCACCGUAGUCUCUGCUGAGACGACCGACGGCAAGCCAAAGAGCGGCGGAGGAGAUUCCAUGGCAGCCCCGGUCGCUGCAGCCUCCUCUGCCUUUGUUUACAAAGUGGAUAUGCACUGCGAAGGCUGCGCCAAGAAGAUCAAGCGAAUGGUUAAGCACUUCGACGGAGUGAAAGAUGUAACGGCGGAUAUGGGUGGGAAUAAACUCAUGGUGGUCGGAAAAAUUGAUCCGGUGAAACUCCGGGAGAAGUUGGAGGAGAAAAUGAAGAGAAAGGUUGUACUGGCCAACCCUCCGCCUUCAUUACCGCCGAAAUCAGACUUAUCUGCCGCCGCCGCCGCCGCCGUUGGAGAGAAGAAAGCCGACGGUGUAGAUAAGGCGGCGGCUCCUACUCCUCUUCCUCCGGCAGCUCCAAAAGAGAGCUUGGUGCCUUUAAAGAUCAGACUACAUUGCGAGGGAUGUAUUCAGAAGAUCAAGAAAAUAAUAUUGAAAAUCAAAGGGGUCGAAACGGUGGCUAUUGACGGAACCAAAGACGUGGUGACGGUGAAAGGAACGAUGGACGUCAAAGAACUUGUGCCUCUCCUCACCAAAAAGCUCAAACGAACCGUCGAGCCUCUUCUUCUUCCGGCCAAAAAAGACGACGGAGCCGCCGAGAAAAAGAAUGCAGAAGCCACUCCUCCCGCCGCAAAGAAAGAAGGUCCGGCCGCCGGAGUUAACGAAGCAAAGAAGGAAGGAAGUGAAGCCGGAGAGAAGAAGAAAGAGGCCGGAGACGGCGGAGAGAAGAAGAAAGAGGCCGGAGACGGCGGAGACAAGAAGAAAGAAGCUGGUGACGGCGGGGAGAAGAAGAAAGAGGCCGGGGACGCCGAGAAGAAGGAAGGUGGCGGCGGAGGAGGAGGAGGAGGUGCGCCGGUGGCGAUGGUGAAUAAGAUGGAUUAUUAUGGGUACUCAUAUCCGACGGCUCCAAUGUAUUGGCAAGAAGGACACGUGUACGGCCAGAGUUAUUCAAUUGAAGGUCAGAGUUAUCCGGUUGGAGGUCAGAGUUAUCCGAUAGGAGGUCAGAGUUAUCCAGGUUCGGGAUACAGUUACGCGAGUGAGAGUUACGUGCCGUACUCGCAGCCAAACAUGAACGCUCCGCCUGGAAUGUUCAGCGACGAGAACCCAAACGGUUGCUCCGUUAUGUAACAAUGGGGUCGAAUUGUAAAUAUACGAAACUUUAAGGGUCUCGAUAUCUAAAACGUAGAACAUUUACAAAUGGUAGUAACUUUAGAUAAUUUUUUGAAGUUGAGAUGGAGCCAGCGGGUUCUGACGUGUAAGAUUUGUUACUUUGUUAGUUAGUUCUUUUAUAUAUUAAACGAUUAACUGCUUUACUUACUUU